AUGGCUUCAGCAGCGACUAACGGCGACGCCGCUGCGGUUCUAGACGAUAUCAAGCCUCCCGCUGGUGUCGUCCUCCCGCCGCGCGAGAUCCGGAACAUCCUUGAGAAAACAGCCGGCUAUGUUGCUCGUAACGGAUUUGUGUUCGAGGACAGGAUACGCGAGAAAGAGCGGGCGAACCCCAAGUUCAGCUUCCUCAACAAGACGGAUGCAUACUACGGUUACUACCAAUGGCGACUAGAGGAGAUCAAGGCGGGCCGCGGCACGGCCAUCGCGGCCGGUCGAGCGGGCGAGGCGGCGGCGGCAGUCCCCGAAAAACCCAAAGGUCCACCGAAGCCCCCGGACUUUAAGUUCUCGGCGCGCAUGCCCCGGAUCAACCAGAAGGACCUGGACGUCCUGCGAUUGACGGCGCUCUUCGUGGCCAAGAACGGUCGGCAGUUCAUGUCGCAGCUUGCCCAGCGCGAGGCGGGCAAUCCGCAGUUUCAGUUUCUCAUUCCUAACCACACGUUCCAUAACUUCUUCCAGCACCAGGUGGACCAAUACACGGCGCUGCUGAGGUCGAGUGGGCUGAGCGGAGAAGGUGGGAAACUCCAACAGCAGGCUAUGGCAGAACUGCAGAGCAACGUCGACGACAAGUAUCAGGUGCUGCACCGCGCCAAGCAACGCGCAGAGUACGCCAGGCACCAAGAAACCGAGAAGCAGAAGAAGGAAGAAGAGGAAGAGAAGAAAAAGAUCGAGUUUGCGCGCGUCGACUGGAACGAUUUUGUGGUGGUCGAGACGAUCGUGUUCAACGAGUCGGACGAACAAGCGAACCUGCCCCCUCCGACGAACCUGGCCGAGCUGCAGUAUGCUUCUCUCGAAGAGCGGAACAACGCGUCCAUCAGCGCCAACUUGCGGAUUGAGGAGGCCAUGCCUGGCGAGGAGGACUUGACGUACAACGCCCAGCCGCAGCCCCAGCCCUCGUAUCCCCUGCCCGUUCACACAGGCCAUGCUCCACAGCAACCGCAACAGCAGGUUUACCACGGUGCUCAGACCGGUCCGGCUGGGGCUCCCCAAAGGAGGCCGGAAGUGGAGGAGGAGGAGAGACGCAUCAAGGAGAGGGAAGAGGCUCGUGCCAGGGAACAACAGGCCAGAGCGGAAGCGCUGGGCGGGACGGCACCGAUGAAGAUCAGGGAGAACUACGUGCCGCGGGCGAUGCAGCGGACGUCGCAGUCGGUGCAAACGGCGCUAUGUCCCAACUGCAAGCAGCAGAUCCCGAUGAACGAGCUUGAAGCGCACAUGAGGAUUGAACUUCUCGAUCCUCGGUGGAAGGACCAAAAGGCCAAGGCGGAUGCGCGACACGCAUCGACCAACUUGUCUACGAUGGACGUUGCCAACAACCUGAAGCGCUUGGCCAGCCAGCGCACGGACGUGUUCGACCCCAUCACGGGCCAGCCUCUCACCGAAGAGGAGCUGCAGAGGAGGAAGAAGGCGAUGGUCCACAGCGUGGAGAACCCGAACGCGACGAGUCAGGCGAUGGCGUUUGCGCAGGCGCAGGCGCAGGUAGCACAGGCGCAAGCACAGGCACAAGCACAGGCCGGUCACAUGCAAGGCAUGAACGUCGAAGACCAGAUUCGCGCGAUCCACCAGAAAUUUGCCGAAAAGAAGUGA